AUGGCACGAUUCGACCCUAACCAUAAGACGUUGCACCUCUCAGCCUUAGAGGAUGCUGUCGUCGUUCUCAGCGGAGGAUCCACUGGAAUCGGAGCAGCUACCGUCAAAGAGCUGUUUUUCCGCGGAGCGAACGUUAUUUUCGGGGACGUGAACGAUGCUGCCGCCGAGGAGGUUAUUAAAUCCAUAUCAUCGGAAAAGGUUCACUAUGUCAAAACCGAUGUUCGGUACUACGAAGAUGUGCGAAAGCUCUUUCAAUUCGCCCUGUCCCGGUAUGGCAGGGUUGACCAUGCGAUUGCCAAUGCCGGUGUGCUAGAGCGCCCCGGCUGGUUUGACCCACGAAACAGCCUCGACGAUCUCGCAAAAGAGCCGAGUACGUUCACUCUCGAUGUCAACUUGACUGGGGUUGUGUUCUUCACUCAUCUGGCUCUCACCUACCUGAGCCAAAACAAUGAUGGUGGUGCCGUGGACAAAAGCCUCACAUUGCUGAGCAGCCACGGGGGUUUCAAGGAAACUCCAGGCAUGUUCUUAUAUAGUACCGCCAAGCAUGCUGUUAUUGGAUUGAUGCGGUCGCUGAGACCCUACGUCGCCAAUACCUUCCCCGGAGUUCGAGUAAAUGCUGUCUGUCCGAGCAUGACUCGCACAAACAUGGUCGAUGGCGUCGUAGGGGACUGGCAGAAGGGGGAUCUACCUGUGAAUGGGCCAGAGGAUAUUGCCAGCGUGUUAGUGGCCAUUGCUGCUGCAGGUCCUGAUUGGGAUAACAAGCUGCAGCGGGGGCUUCAUGGAAGAGCGAUAUAUGUACUCGGAGGGCAGUCCUAUGAUAUCGAAGAGGGCCUGGAUAAGACGGAGCCAAUUUGGCUGGGAAAAGACGCUAGUGCGAAGGUAAAAUUGGCACAGCAGUCUCUUGGAGUAGGUGACAAGUGGAUCACCGGGAAGAGGUGA